CCCCAUAUAAUGAGGAAAUUCAUUGUUUAUGAGGAAAACCUCAUGGACCUGUUCAAGAAUUGCCCUGCCUGCUCGAGACACUCUGCAAUAAAGAGCAGAACAGUGGGUACAGUUCUACAUGUGGACCAGACCUGUGUUCAUUGUGAACAUCACAAACAGUGGGCCAGCCAACCAUAUGUCAAGAACAUACCAGCUGGAAAUCUGCAGCUUGCUGCUGCUGUGCUCUUUAGUGGCUCAUCCUUCUUGCAAGUCACCAAGUUUAUGCAGGCAUUCAACAUUCAGGGGAUUUGCCACACUACAUACCUGAAACACCAAAGGACAUUCCUAUUCCCAACAAUCAAUUGGCAGUGGAAACAGCAUCAAAAUACUGUGAUUGCAGAAGCACUCAAAGGAAGGAAUGUAGUUCUGGGUGGGGACAUGCGUGCUGACUCACCUGGACACAGUGCAAAGUAUGGAACAUACUCGCUGAUGGACCUCAGAGCAAACAAGAUCAUGGAAAUUCAGCUCAUUCAGAGCAAUGAAGUCGGCAACAGUCAGCGUAUGGAGAAGGAAGGUUUAGAAAGAAGCCUGAGAGAGCUAGAGCAGAGAGGAGUAACUGUGCGAAAGAUUGUCACUGACAGACAUCCUGGUGUGAUGAAGUUCCUCAGAGAGAGUAGACCAAGUAUUUUGCACAGAUAUGAUGCAUGGCACAUGGCAAAAGGUGUUGGCAAGAAAAUUGAUGAGCUUGCAAAGCAAAGAAGCUUCAAAGAGGUUGGCCCCUGGAAAAAAAGCAUCGUGAAUCACCUUUACUGGUGUGGAGCCUCAUCAUCAUCAGGAAAGGAAAUUGUUGCAAAAUGGAGAUCUGUUGUUAACCAUGUACAAGAUAUCCAUGAGCAUGAAGGUGAAUUCCAAAGAUGCCAGCAUCCUCCUCUUGUUGGUGACCAGGCAAGACAGUGGCUUAAACCAAGUACUGCUGCAUGUGAAAAGCUCACUCAGGUCAUCUUGGCACCCAAGUUGCUGAAAGACCUAGAGAACCUAAGUUCUGACUUCCAGACGUCAGGACUGGAGUCAUAUCACAGUCUGAUCCUCAAGUUUGCACCAAAGAGCGUGGCAUUCUCUUUUGUGGGGAUGCUGUGCCGGACUCAACUUGCAGCCAUGCACUACAAUGAAAAUAGCGGAAGACCACAAGCAACAACAGCUGCAGGGGAGCUCCGAUGGCACAUGCAGUAUCCACGCUACAGAAGAGGAGAGUACACAGUACGACUUCUGAAAAGAAAUCCCACAUUUGAAUAUGUCUACAGAUUGCAGGAUCUGCUUUUUGAAAGUGUGUUGGAGCAGCCACAACUGUUUCAGGAAUCUCUAAAAGGACUGAAAGUUCCUGACCACCUCUGCACCCAGUUUCAAAGACCUGAAAAGAGUGAAGCUGUUGCACAACACACGUCACGAUUUAGACCACCUUCUGUCUGUCUGUGA